UCCACCUCUAUUAUUCCAAUAUUGUGUCCCAAUAUUGUGUCCCUUUUUUCCACUAUGCAGACUAAUAAACUUCAUAGUACUAUUAAAAAGCAAAGUCUGCCUGAAAGGAAGAUUUGUACCUAUAAACCAAACAUUUGGAAAUAUGAUCAUCUACUUACUCUUACAAGUGAAUAUUCUGAAGAGAAGUACAAAGUUGAGGCUGAGAAGCUAAAAGAGGAAGUUAGUUGCACGUUUUCAAACAGUACUAUUAGUCCACUGGACCUGCUAGAGCUUAUAGACAGCAUUGACAAACUUGGACUCAGUUGUUACUUCAGGCUUCUCAGGGAACAUGGCCACCAUGCUUCACAAGAUAUGUUAAAGGACUUCUUCGAUGGCAAAGGAAAGCUGAAAGUCUCAGAUGUGAAAACAUUGUUGGAGGUUUUGGAAGGGUCGUAUAUGAGCAUGGAAGGUGAAAACUUACUAGACGACACACGAUUGUUCACAACAAAAAACCUCAAGAGCCUUGUAUCUAAAUCAGAUUACACAUUUACUAAUAAGGAAUAUAAUUUGAGCAAUAGCUUGAGUUUUCCAGUGGCAUGGAGAGUGAAAACAUAUCUGUGCUCGAGAACUUGAAUGCAACAACACAAAUCCAAUGUUGCUCAAGUUGGCAAAACUUAACUUCAAUAUAGUUCAAGCCACGCACCAAAAGGAUCUCAAACACGUAUUAAGAUGGUGGAGGAAUCUUUCCAUAGUUGAAGAUUUGAGCUUUACAAGGAAUCUUUCCAUUGUGGAAAGCUUCUUUUGUGCUGUAGGAGUUGCCCCUGAGCCUCGACAUGGAAGCAUGAGAAAUAUAUGUGCCGAACUCCUUUUCUCCUAUGCUAAAAACUAAUGGCAUCAGUUGUUUCAGGAGAUAAAGGAUACUCUAUUUAAAUAAAAUCCACCAUCCAAAUUAUCCCAUAACGUAGCCUAAGCUAAAGCAACUUGGUUCCAAUAUAUAUAUAUAUAUAUG